UCCUCGCGUUUGGCUGGGGGUCAGGGCGUAGGUUUAGGAACCACGCGGGACCGUGGGGCGUCCCGCCUGCGGCACGUGGUUUCCUUUGGGCUCGCGCCGCUGACUGUGUUGUCUCCGCCCCGCCCCCUCGGGGAGAGGGACCCUGGACAGGUUCUUUGGGGGCGUAGCUGCAGCCGCCGAAGGGGAAGGGAGCCACCGGGGAGCUUCGGAGCCCCUGAGGGCUGGGCUGCGGCCCGCAACUGGAGAGCGGCUGAGCCGGGAGGGUCCCCGCAGGCAGGGUCCGAACCCGCUAGGAUCCGGGCUGGUGCCGAGGAGGGAGGGCCUGGCCACCCGCGAUGCUCGGGGCCCGGUGCCUGCUGCGCGCCCUGCGCUCCUGUUCCUCUGCUCCCUGCCCGAGACCCAAACCUGCGGCCAAACUGAGCGUGCGGGACGCUCUCAGGGUCCAGACCGCGAGUGGGGAGCGCGUUAAGGUUCAGGGAUGGGUUCGUUCAGUCCGAUCCCAGAAGGAAGUCUUGUUCCUGCAUGUAAAUGAUGGGUCAUCUUUGGAAAGCCUUCAGGUUGUAGCAGAUUCAAACUUAGAUAGCAGAGAACUAGAUUUUGGGUGUUCUGUGGAAGUUCAAGGGCAGCUGGUAAAAAGUCCAUCCAAAAGGCAAAAUGUGGAACUGAAGGCAGAAAAAAUUGAAGUUGUUGGAAAUUGUGAUCCCAAGGAUUUCCCUUUAAAAUAUAAAGACAGGCCUCCUCUGGAGUAUCUGAGACAAUUUCCUCAUCUUCGGUGUAGAACUAAUGCCCUGGGUUCUAUACUGAGGGUUCGCAGUGAGGCCACCGCUGCUAUUCAUUCUUUCUUUAAGGACAAUGGCUUUGUGCAUAUUCAUACUCCAAUAAUCACAUCCAAUGACUGUGAGGGGGCUGGAGAACUCUUUCAAGUUGAACCUUCAAGCAAAGCAAAGGUACCUGAAGAGAAUUUCUUUGAUGUUCCUGCUUUCUUAACUGUCUCGGGACAACUUCACCUAGAAGUGAUGUCAGGAGCUUUUACUCAAGUGUUUACCUUUGGUCCAACAUUUCGAGCUGAGAAUUCUCAGAGCCGGAGACACCUGGCAGAGUUUUAUAUGGUAGAAGCCGAGAUCUCUUUUGUGGAGAGCCUUCAAGAUCUCAUGCAGGUCAUGGAGGGGCUCUUCAAGUCCGCAACAGCGAUGGUUCUCGCCAGCUGUCCCGAGGAUGUUGCGCUCUGCCACAGGUUCAUUGCUCCUGGCCAAAAGGACAGAUUAGAACAUAUGCUAAAAAACAACUUUUUAACCAUUUCUUACACGGAAGCCGUGGAGAUCUUAAAGCAGGCGUCCCAGAACUUCACCUUCACACCAGAGUGGGGUGUUGAUCUACAUACUGAACAUGAAAAGUACCUGGUGAAGCACUGUGGCAACAUACCAGUCUUUGUCAUUAAUUAUCCAUUAGCACUGAAGCCUUUCUACAUGAGGGACAAUGAAGAUGGGCCUCAGCACACAGUUGCUGCUGUUGACCUUCUGGUUCCUGGAGUUGGAGAGCUCUUUGGAGGAAGCCUCCGAGAGGAGCGAUACCAUUUCUUAGAGCAGCGGCUGGCCAGAUCAGGACUGACAGAAGCCUACCAAUGGUAUCUGGACCUCCGUCGAUUUGGAUCUGUGCCACAUGGAGGUUUUGGGAUGGGAUUUGAACGCUAUCUGCAAUGCAUCUUGGGAAUUGACAAUAUAAAAGAUGUCAUCCCUUUUCCAAGAUUUACUCAUUCAUGUAUUUUGUAACUGGAAGACUGGUUAAGGGAAAUCAUGCAAGCCAGAGGUGCUGCACACACAUGUGCCUACAGGAGAACACAUGUUUGGAUUUUAGAAGUGAAGAAGAAGUUUUCAAAAUGUACUUGUCAUACCAUAGCAUAUAACAUGAAAAAUAAGUGGUCAUGAUUUUCUUACAAAGUAGAGGCAUUUCAUAGAAAGAUGAACUCUCCCAAGAAGAGGUACUUAUAGACUGUAGAAUCUCUAAUCAAUUAUGUCAAUUAAGAAGAAAUGAAGAAAUUGAAGUAGAUGGUUUCAAAGGUCCUUUCAAACUCUAAAAGAGGAUGAGAUAGUGUACUUUGUCUUUAAUGAUUAGCUCACUGAUUUGUGUGACCUUUGAGAAACAACCAGUAACUAAAAAUAAAAUGUUGGACCUUUUCUUUUUUACCAUUUAACCUAUGACAAAUGCCCAUCUUAUUCUCUGUGUUUUACUAAACAUUAUAGAAGAAAAUAUUCCUUCUUUGGGUCUUAAGUUAAUAAACUGCUAUUCUGAAUUGAAA